AUGGCCGAGGAUGCCAAAGAAGCCGAGACAGCCGAGGAGAUUGCUGCUCUUACAGCAGACGAUUUUUUUGCUUUGGCAUUUCGAAUUUUUGGCAACCAGAGAUGGGAGAAGAGGAAGAGAGAAACCAACGAGAACGAUUUCAAAGAUGCUUUUGGUGUUAUCCCCGAGACAUGCGUCAAGAUUUGGGAGGCGCUUCGUACGCACCAGAAUCCAGCUUUUCGGCUUCAAUCCAAGAGAAAUGACAAACCUGUUGGGCUGCUGUUUAUCCUCCGGUUUCUUUGGAGGUAUCCCACUGCCCUCGACCUUGGCAGAUUUUUCAAAGUCAAGAGCGAAAAUACGGUCAAAAAGUACAUCGAUAUUUGGCUGCCGAGGAUCCAUUCAUUGCUGAAACCAAAGCUUGGAAGCUUUGCUGAUCAUCAAGAUGGAUUGAUUUUUGUCUUCACCGUUGAUGGAACCCACUGCCGAAUUGAAGAGCCUCGCCCAUUUUCCACAGAUUGGUCAAGUCACAAAUUCGGAGGCAAAGCAGCCGUCAACUAUGAGCUAGCAAUCUGCAUUCACAAACCACAAUUAGCUUGGGUUUAUGGCCCUACGAAACCAGGAAAGUACAACGAUGUUUCGGUCUUUCGAUUGAAGCUCAAGGAGAAAAUGGAAGCUGAAUUGCCAGGUUGCCGAAUCAUUGGAGACAAGGGAUACAAGGGCGAGCCAGAUUUGAUCAGCUUGCGCAACGAAUUCGAUCCCGAAGAAAUUGCCGAGUUCAAGGAUAGAGCUUCGGCUCGGCACGAGAGCUUUAACCAAAAGCUCAAGUGCUUCAAGAUUCUAUCCGUGCCUUUCCGGCAUGGUGUCGCCAAUCACAAGAUGGCUUUUGAAGCCGUUUGUGUGGUGGUGAUGUUUCAGAUAGAGUGCGGUGGUGCAUCUCUAUUUGAUGCAUACCUCUAA